UUCCUCUCCAUUUCUGUCGGCAUUGAAGCUUCUUCCAUGGUCGUGAUCAUGGAAGACGCCAACUUUCAUCUCCCUCCGGGAUUUAGGUUCCACCCCACCGACGAAGAGAUCAUCGUCCACUACCUCACCCCCAAGAUUCUCAACCAUGGCUUCGUCGCACGAGCCAUGGGUGUCGUCGACUUGAACAAAUGCGAGCCUUGGGAACUCCCUGGCAAAGCUAAGAUGGGGGAGAAGGAGUGGUACUUCUACUGUCAAAGAGAUAGGAAGUAUCCGACGGGGACGAGGACGAACCGGGCGACGGAAUCGGGUUACUGGAAGGCGACCGGAAAAGAUAAGGAGAUUUACAGGCGGAAAACAGAAGUUUUGAUUGGGAUGAAGAAGACGCUGGUGUUCUACACAGGGAGAGCUCCUAAAGGAGAGAAGACCAAUUGGGUUAUACAUGAGUACAGACUCCAAACCAAUUUCUCCUCCCUCUCCAGUCAGUUUAAGUCAUCAAAGGAUGAAUGGGUUGUUUGUAGAGUAUUUCACAAGAACGCGAAUGGAGGAAAGAGCAGCCCAAUCACAAUAGAUAGUAACAGCUUGCACAGAAUCAAAGGCUUCAAAGAAGAGUUUUUGAGCUCAACAAACACUCUUCCACCCCUCAUGGAUCCUCCCUACUUCAUCUCCGGCCAUGACCAGACCUACGAGUUCAAACCAGUCGAGCCGCCGGCAAUCCCUUCCUACUUCUCCUUCCUCAACGAUGUUGACGAUUACAUGAUCAUGAGCAACCCUUCGCCGCGAACUCAGAACUCGUGUUGGACGAUGCCUGGAGCAGCGAUGCAGUCGUCGUCGUCAUCAUUGCCGCCCAUAAGAAGGCACUGUAAAGCGCAACAGUUUUCGAACCAGUCGAUGCUGAGCCAGGAGACUGGAAUCAGCACAGACCGUUCGACCGAUGUUACGUCCGUUGUAGUGAAGCACAAUAUCGGAAUUGAAGACUUUGAUGGGUCGUCGAUGGCGGCCGGCGGCGUGAUGGACUUGUGUGGCAUGUGGAAGUGCUGAAGAUUGGAACGAAGAUCAUAGAUGAAUGUUUAUAAGAAGAGAUCAUUAGGGUUUAUAAGUUUAGUGGUCUCUAUAUUUAGAAGAUGAAUGUUUGGGAAGAAUAUUGGGUUGUGAUUUAACUUUGAUGUACAUAACAAAGAAAACUUAUGAUGAUUGG